AUGCACGCCCGAGCCUUCCGGGCCGCUGCCGCGCGAUUCUCCAGGGCCUUUGUGCCUGUGUGGCAUGCAGGCACACGGCCCGGCACGCAUGUGAGGCACGUGUCGUACCCCGCCCGCUCCCUGGACGGCACCGUUGCCGACCUGGAGUCGGCCUGGGAGCGCGAGGCCCUGCUGCGCACGCUGGGCGAGCGGCUGGCCCCCCUGCGCGCCCUGGCCCGCGCCAACGCGCUGGCCACGGCCGCGGACGCGGAGCUGGCCGCGGCGGGGCUGACGCGCGGGGCGCUGGAGGAGAUCCUGCGCCUGCGCGGGCCCGGCCCCGCCGCGCUGUCGGACAUCCGCCGCGCCGCGCUGAGGGCGCUGGGCGGCGAGGCCAGCCUGGUGGCCCUGGAGGGGGUCAGCUCCCAGGCGGUGGAGGUGCGCGGGGCGGAGAAGGUGCUGUACGGCCUGGACCAGCUGGUCUUCGACGGCCCGGCCGGCGGCGACGUGGUCAUCGUGGAGGGCGAGAUGGACAAGCUGGCCAUGGAGAGCGCGGGCCUGGGCAAUGUGGUGUCGGUGCCGGACGGCGCGCCGGCGCGCGUGCGCGAUGGGGACCUGCCCCCGGCCAAGGACGACACCAAGUUCUCCUACCUCUGGAACUGCAAGCAGUAUCUGGACCAGGCCCAGCGCGUGAUCGUGGCGACCGACAACGACGCGCCCGGCGAGGCGCUGGCCGAGGAGCUGGCGCGGCGGCUGGGGCGCGAGCGAUGCUGGCGCGACGCCAACGAGGUGCUGAUGCGCGACGGCGCCGCCAUGCUGCGCGCCAUGGUGGAGGGCGCGGAGCCGCUGCCCAUCCGCGGCCUGCUGCGCUUCCACGAGUACUACGACGACAUCCUGCGGCACUACUACCUGGACCCGCGCACGGGACAGGCGGCGUCCACGGGCUGGCCCGCCCUGGACGCCUUUUACAAAGUCAUCCCGGGGGAGCUGACCAUCGUCACGGGGGUGCCCAACUCUGGGAAGUCAGAGUGGAUAGACGCCCUGCUCUGCAACCUGGCCUUUGCCAUGGACCACGCGCGGCAGCUGGUGGAGAAGUACACCGGCCGCCCCUUCUUCGACCUGCCCUACGCCCGCAACUCGACGCGCAUGUCCCUGGAGGAGCUGAACGAGGGGCUGGACUGGGUGGACGAUCGCUUCCACCUCGUGCGGUAUGAGGACGACGCCCUCCCCAGCGUGGACUGGGUGCUGGAUGUGGCCAAGGCCGCCGUGUACAGGUACGGCAUCCGCGGCCUGGUAAUCGACCCGUACAAUGAGCUCGACCACCAGCGCCCCGGAAACAUGAGCGAGACGGAGUACGUCAGCCAGAUGCUGACCAAGAUCAAGAGAUUCGCGCAGGUGUCGGGCGUGCACGUCUGGUUCGUGGCCCACCCCCGCCAGCUGCAGCAGUGGCGGGGGGAGGCCCCCAACCUGUACGACAUCUCCGGCUCCGCGCACUUCAUCAACAAGGCUGACAACGGCAUCGUGGUGCACCGGAACCGGGAGCCGGGGGCGGAGAACGCCGCCGAGGUGCAGAUCCUGGUCAGGAAAGUGAGGAACAAGGUGGCGGGGACGCUGGGAGAGGCGGUGCUGGAGUACGACCGGGUGAACGGGCGGUACAUCGACCCGGGGGCGGUGGGCGCCUCGGCACCCCAGACCUCGGCGCGCGUGGGCAGGACGGGGGCGGCGGCCCCGGCCUGA